AUGGUUUGCUGGGGUCCUGGGGAUUUAAUGGAUAUCGUUGCUCAGUAUUCGGGUAAAUUAUCGAAACUAUUUGGCAAAUCUAGUAGCGGCAGCACCAGAAAGCUUAAAGUAAUAUUCCAUGACUUUCCAGGAGGUGCAGAAGGUUUUGAGCUCAUGUUAAGAUUCUGUUAUGGUAACGGAAAAACUGACAUAACUCCUUCCAAUUUGGUCCUCGCUCAUUGUGCUGCUGAAUUCAUGGAAAUGAAAGAAUCUGUGGCUGGGCUUUCUAAUUUAUCGGCGCAAACUGAAAAAUUGCUCCCGGAGACUAGCUAUUGGACAUGGUCGGACCUUUUGAUUGCCUUGAAGCAGUGCCAGAAUAUAGAGUCAGUCUCAGAUUCUUCAUCGAUGCUAGGAAAAUGUUUGGAUUCACUUGUUGGGAGGCUGGUUUUAGGCUGUGAAGCAAGUCCAUGUCCAUCUACUUGUUCUCCAGACAGUUCUGGGCUUCGGUUUUCAUGCGACUCUAAAAGCACUGAGAGUAUCAAGACAAAUUUCUCUCAUUCAACAUGGUGGUUUGAUGAUCUAGUAUUUUUGAGUCCCCCGAACAUUGAAAAGUUGGUGCAAUCAAUGCUUGUAAGAAAAUUGGACCAAGUUGUGAUAAGUAGGUUUCUGUUGUUCUAUCAAAAGCCAAGUUUUCGACUGCUGCAACUGAGGCAAAGCGUAAAAUUAUACGAUGUGAAUCUCAUUCUGAGAUUUUUGAAAGCGUUCCUAGGACAAGGGAAAACCAGUCUGAUAACUCCUAUUCGAAUGAAGAAAGUUGCCAUCUUGGUAGAUUUGUAUAUAGCAGAAAUAGCCCCUGAUCCUUGUUUGAAACCUUCCAAGUUCAUGGCACUUGCCACCGCACUGCCUGAUUAUGCGAGAGAUUCAUAUGACGAACUCUACCAUGCAAUGGACAUGUAUCUAAAGGUUCACGCUGGAUUGUGUGAAGAAGAGAGGGUGAAGAUAAGUUGGUUUAAUUAUGAGAAGCUUUCAGCUGAGGCUUGCCUACACCUUUCUCGGAACACGAAUUUUCCUUCAAAUUCUGCUGUUCAAGCUCUCAUAUCUCAGCAAUCCAAGCUCAGUAACUUGCUCCAGGGUACUCCAACUACUCCAGUCAAGUUCUUCUUUCACGAUUCGCCUGGUAGUUCCAGUGAUGCUGGUAAAAAGGGAAGGAAAGGCAAAACCAGCGAGCAGGUUGUGCUGUAUUCUGGGAAAUUUGAUGUUUCAGCUGAUAAUGAGAACCUCAGAGCACAUUUGCAAGGAAUGCAAUGGAGAGUUAUGGAACUGGAGAUCUGUAAGAAGAUGCAAACCCAGAUGGCAAAAAUAUCAAAAUCAAGAGCAUCCGGGAACAGUUACGCACUAUCCUUGCCCAAGCUCUGUUCGUGACAGAGAUUUUGGGGAUCGAAUUGUUCUUCUAACUCAAAAUAUGCAAUUUGUACAGCAGAGAAAUGAAG